AUGAAAAAAUAUUCGAAGCUUUUGGUUGUCUUGUGGAUGUUUUUGCUUUUGUUAAUCAGCACCGGAGAUUCAACAAAGUCAGUUAUCAAGUUUAUAAAGAGCGAAGAUGGUGAUAUAAUCGAGUGUGUUGAUAUUUACCAGCAACCAUCUUUUGAGCAUUUGGUUAUAAAAAAUGACACAAAAUUUGAGAUGCAACAGAUGUUUAGCACGAAUAAUAAGAAAACCAAUGCAACCACAAGUGCAGUGGUUCAUCAAAUAUGGCAGAAGAGUGGAAACUGUCCAAGUGGCACAAUUCCUAUUAGAAGGAUGACAAAUAAAUCUCAUGUCGAGCUUGAGCAGGAACAACUCACUGCAUGCAAAAUAGAGUUUGCUGGUAUUGAAACAUACCAAACUGUAUAUGGAGCAAGGGCGGAUAUAAAUGCCUGGUCAAUAAAUGUUGAGCCAAAUGAGUGGAGCGUCAGUGCAAUUAACAUCUACAACGAAAAUGGGUCGUACAUUCAGUAUGGUUGGAUGAGCUGCCUGGGCCUUGGCCCAGUUCGCCUGGACCUUGGCUCAUUCCUGGGUCCGCCACUGAAUGCACCCUUUAGUUGUUCAGAUGUUGACUACUAG